CACAAAGCUGAAAGUACAAGCAGGACAGAAAGUGAAACUGGGCACAGCCCCUAGUAUAAGAGCCCCCUACCCAGGAGAUGGCUGCACACAGAGGCUGGGCCCUGACAUGGGCCAGGUGACAGGAGGCCCUGGCUGGCGGCUCAGCCUGUUGCUGCUACCCUUGCUUCUGGUACAAGCUGGUUCUUGGGGGUUCCCAACAGACCCCCUGAGCCUUCAAGAGCUGCGCAGGGAAUUCACAGUCAGCCUAUACCUUGCCAGGAAGCUGCUUUCUGGGGUUCAGGGCUAUGUCCACAGCUUUGCUGAAUCUCGCUUGCCAGGAGUGAACCUGGACCUCCUGCCCCUGGGACAGCAUCUCCCCAAUGUUUCCCUGACCUUCCAGGCAUGGCGUCACCUCUCUGACUCCGAGAGACUCUGCUUCCUAGCCACCACACUUCAGCCCUUCCCUGGACUACUGGGAGGGCUGGGGAUGCAGGGGACCUGGACCAGCUCAGAGAGGGAGCAGCUGUGGGCCAUGAGGCUGGAUCUCCGGGACCUACACAGGCACCUCCGCUUCCAGGUGCUGGCUGCAGGAUUCAACUGUUCGGAGGAGGAGGAAGAGGACGAGGAGGAGGAAGAAGAGGAGGAAGGGAAGAAGCUGCUCCUAGGGGCUCUGGGUGGCCCCAGCCAGAUGUCAUCCCAAGUGUCCUGGCCCCAGCUGCUCUAUACCUACCAGCUCCUACACUCCCUGGAGCUUGUCCUAUCUCGGGCUGUUCGGGACCUGCUGCUGAUGUCCUUACCCAGGCACCCAGAUUCAGCCUGGGAUUCCUAACACCUAGCUUCAAGCCCCAUGGAGUGGCCUUCCAGCUCCCUUCCCUCACCAAGACUCUAAGGCUGGAGUCUGGCCAACUGUACAGGGCGGUCUCCAGCUCGUUUGCUUAGACCAGGCAGGGCUUCACUAGUUCCCAGCCCUAACCCAAGAAUUUAAAAGCUCUCCAGUCCUUACCAGAUAUUUAUUUCUUGGAUAUUUAUUUAUUUUUAGGAAAUGGUUUAUUUAUUGUUUGAUUCUUGAGUUAGGCCACCAUGCUGGGUGCCUAAUAAAGCUGUCCAACCC